CGGUGAGGCGGCGGGGGGGGGCCAUCGAGUAAAAGACGGUGAGCUCGUCGAGCGCUCUAUCACGCAAACUUGGCCAUCCGAGACUUGAGAUGACGCGAUCUCUCACUUCCGCGCGUUCGAGCGUGUUUGACAAAUGAGAGAGGCCGUCGUCUAGAUCCCAAACGUGAGCGUUAGCAGGAUGCUGUCCAACUUAGGGCGGAAUGCCCUGAAAGAAGCUGGCUCGCGGUCACAGCUGGUAAGAGGCCUUCGGAUACCCAAAGCGGGGUCAAGGGAAAGGACUUUAUACCUUGAAGGACUCACGUUGUUGUGCAUGUGCUCAGUCAUCAGACCAGGUCAUGAAGUUAUAUUGAUUGUGCAUGCUGAUCAAUGGCGUAGACACAAACAGCAUUGCCGACAGCGACAAUCACCAACCCAUCAUCGCGCCAACGGCCUCAUCUCGACACGCCAAUGCCGAGUCUAUCCCAGGACUCGCGAGAACCCCAAAGCCCCAUCAACUAUGAUAAUUCGCGCCCUAGAACGUACCGCCGACUCGAAGAUCAAGCGAUCUAGUCUCGCCUCUCAUUCAUACCUCGCAAUUCGACUUGCUUUUCACCCUCCUGGUCAUUGUCUGGAUCGGCGUCGCCAUUAAGUGCAUAGCCUCCACCUGGUCUUUGGCGGUGGUC